AUGCGAGGAGCUUUGAAAAGGUCAAUUCACCUCUUAAAGAAUCUUCCAACCUGCUGGUAUGCUGUGCAAGAGAGUCCUGUCACACCUGCGGCUCCCCGCCCGGGGAUACCAGAGUCUCAUCACGACUCGAUUGCAGAGCACUUCCAGUUCCCGUACGAACCUCCCCCCCGACCACCUCCGAACCCUUCCCGUCGAGUCUCCGCCCUCAAGACUGCGAAACCCUUCUCCGAAUUUCUCACCGACUCCUUCAACCGCCAGCAUGACUACCUGCGCAUUAGCGUUACAGAGCGGUGUAACCUGCGGUGCCUCUACUGCAUGCCCGAGGAAGGGAUUGAACUCUCGCCCCAGCCCCGCCUCUUGACCUCCCCGGAGAUCGUCUACCUGUCAUCCCUCUUUGUGUCCCAGGGCGUGAACAAGAUCCGCUUGACGGGCGGGGAGCCGACCGUGCGCAAGGACAUUGUGCCCUUGAUGCAGGAUAUCGGCAAGCUGCGACGGGAUGGAUUGCGCGAGCUCUGUCUGACCACCAACGGGAUCUCGCUGCACCGCAAACUGGACGCGAUGGUCGAAGCGGGGCUCACCGGGGUAAAUCUCAGUUUGGAUACGCUCGACCCCUUCCAGUUCCAGAUCAUGACGCGGCGUAAAGGCUUCGACGCUGUGAUGAAGAGCAUCGAUCGUAUCCUAGAAAUGAACAAGGUCGGCGCUGGCAUCAAGCUGAAAAUCAACUGCGUCGUAAUGCGGGGCAUGAACGAUCGUGAAAUCCUGCCCUUUGUUGAGAUGGGUCGUGAGAAGCCGAUCGAGGUGCGAUUCAUCGAGUACAUGCCCUUCGAUGGGAACAAAUGGAAUAAGGGCAAAAUGUUCCCUUAUCAGGAGAUGCUGGCGCUUAUUCAGGAGAAGUAUCCCACCUUGGAAAAGGUGACUGAUCACAAGAAUGAUACCAGCAAGACAUAUCGUGUGCCUGGCUUCGAGGGUCGGGUCGGAUUCAUCACCAGCAUGACACAUAAUUUUUGUGGCACUUGCAAUCGCCUGCGCAUCACCAGUGACGGAAACUUAAAAGUAUGUCUUUUUGGAAACGCCGAGGUUUCACUGCGAGAUAUCAUCCGCAAAGAGAAUGACGGACGGCCCAUCGACCUAGAAGCUCUGCAAAGACUCGGGCUCCUCGAGACAGUACAAAGUGCAGCUCAACUCAGCGACGAGGGAGGAUUGAUCAACGAGCGGGAACGUGAAAUUCUCGACAUCAUCGGCAUGGCUGUCAAGCGCAAGAAGGCGAAACACGCGGGCAUGGGGCAGUUGGAGAAUAUGAAGAACCGACCUAUGAUUUUGAUCGGUGGGUAG